GAGGGCCCGGCGGGAGCGCGGCCGCCGCCGCCAUGAAGGGCAAGGAGCGCUCGCCCGCCAAGGCCAAGCGCUCCCGGGGCGGCGAGGACUCGGCAUCCUCCUCCUCCUCCUCCCGCGGCUCCAAAAAGCCCAGCGGCUCCUCCGGCAGCGGCGGCGGCGGCUCCAACGGCGGGAAAGCGGCGGCGUCCGGCGAGAGCAACAGCGGGAGCGGCCGGCGCGGCGCCCACACGGACAAGGGCCGCGCCGGCAGCCGCGAGUACGAGAGCGGCGCGGCCGCGAGCGGAGGGGGCCGGCACGGCUACAGCGGGAAAGCCGCGGAGGCGUCGCGGAGCAGCAGCAGCCGCGGCAGCGGAGAAUCGCGGGCGGCCGCCGCCUCCUCCUCCUCCUCGGAGCCGGGCGAGUACAAGACGCUGAAGAUCAGCGAGCUGGGCUCGGCGCUGAGCGACGAGGCGGUGGAGGACGGGCUGUUCCACGAGUUCAAGCGGUUCGGCGACGUGAGCGUGAAGAUCAGCCGCCUCCCGCCCGGCUCCGGCUCCGGCACCGACGAGCGCGUGGCCUUCGUGAACUUCCGCCGGCCCGAGGACGCGCGGGCGGCCAAACACGCGCGCGGCCGCCUGGUGCUCUACGACCGCCCGCUGAAGAUCGAGGCCGUCUAUGUCGGCGGCGGCAGCGGCCGCCGGCGCAGCAGCCGCUCCCCGGCGCUGCUGGACAAGGAGUCUCCGUACGGGGCGGCGGCGGCGGUCGGGGCUGUGGCGGCGGCCGUGCGGCACCCGCCGGCCGGGGCCGCGCAGCGGGCGCUGUCACCCGCGGGCAGCGGCGGAGCGCUGGGAUACCGGGACUACCGGCUGCAGCAGCUCGCCCUGGGCCGGCUGCCGCCGCCGCCGCCGCCGCUGCCGCGGGAGCUGGAGAGGGAACGGGACUACGGCGGGUUCUACGAGGCGCGGGUGCGGCCCGCCUACGGGCUGGAGAGGGUGGCCGGCGUGGCGGCGGCCGGGGGCUUCCGCGGAGGAGGAGGAGCAGGAGGAGGAGGCGGUGCCGGAGCGGCCGGCGAGGAGGAGAUCAGCCCCGAGGAUGACCAGAGAGCCAACCGCACCUUGUUCCUGGGCAACCUGGACAUCACCGUGAGCGAGUCGGACCUGAGGCGGGCGUUCGACCGUUUUGGGGUCAUCACCGAGGUGGACAUCAAGAGGCCGGGCCGCGGGCAGACCAGCACCUACGGGUUCCUGAAGUUCGAGAACCUGGACAUGGCGCACCGGGCCAAGCUGGCCAUGUCGGGGAAGGUGCUGCUGCGCAACCCCAUCAAGAUCGGGUACGGCAAAGCCACCCCCACCACCCGGCUCUGGGUGGGCGGCCUGGGGCCCUGGGUGCCCUUGGCCGCCCUGGCCCGGGAGUUCGACCGCUUCGGUACCAUCCGCACCAUCGACUACCGCAAAGGGGAUUCCUGGGCCUACAUCCAGUACGAAAGCCUGGACGCGGCGCAGGCGGCCUGCACGCACAUGAGGGGCUUCCCUCUGGGGGGCCCGGACCGCCGGCUCCGCGUGGACUUUGCCGACACCGAGCACCGGUACCAGCAGCCCUACCUGCAGCCCCUGCCCCUGCCGCCCCCGGCUCACUACGAGCUCGUGGCAGAGGCGGCUGCUUUUGGGGCUCACCGGGGAGCUCCCCCCGACCCUCUACGGGGGGCCCGGGACAGGACGCCACCGUUGCUUUAUAGAGACCGUGACAGAGACCUUUACCCCGAGACAGAGUGGGUGCCCCCGCCGCCCCCUGUGCGGGACAGGAGUAACCGGGCGGCUGCCUACGACCCACUGGAAAGCCUGGAGCGCCGCCGGGACGGGUGGUCCUUGGAGCGGGACCGCGGGGAGAGGGAGCUGGGCAGUAGCAGUCGGGAUCAGCCCAGGAAGCGGAGGCUGGCGGAGGACGGAGGCCGGCACUUGGACCGCUCCCCCGACAGCGAGCGCUCCUCGUCCUCCCGAAAGCGCCACUGCCUGGCCACCAGCUCCCCGCCGGACCGCAGCCCCGAGCUCCUGGGGGGCCGGGAGCGGUACAGCAGCGACCCCGAGCGCUCCUCCCGCCUGCUCCUCUUGGAGCGACCGUCCCCGGUGCGGGAAUCCCGCCGGGGCAGCCUGGAGCGGGGGCAGAACGAGAAGCGCGACCGCAAGAACUCGGCGGAGCGCGAGCGGAAGCACCGCGGCGGUGCCGCCGCCCAGGAGGGCAAGAGCCCGGCCAAAAAGGAUGAGCGGGCGGCCGAGGGAGGCGGGGGAGGCUCCCGCCUCAAACCCCCUCCCCAAAAACAGCAGCAGGACGGGGCGGCGCAGGGCGGGGCGGCGCCCAAGCUGUGCUUGGCCUGGCAGGGGAUGCUCCUGCUGAAGAACAGCAACUUCCCGUCCAACAUGCACCUGCUCCAGGGGGACCUCGGUGUCGCCAGCAGCCUCCUCGUGGAGGGGGCCACGGGGGGGAAGGUGGCCCAGCUCAAGAUCACCCAGCGGCUCCGGCUGGACCAGCCCAAGCUGGACGAGGUGAACCGGCGCAUCAAGGUGGCGGGGCCCAAUGGCUACGCCAUCCUCUUGGCCGUGCCCGGCGCGGCGGAAAACCGCACGGCCGCCGGAGCCGCCGAGCCCGCCACCACCUCCACGCAGAGGCCGCUCAGGAAUCUGGUGUCCUACCUAAAGCAAAAGCAGGCUGCAGGGGUGAUCAGCCUCCCCGUGGGGGGGAACAAAGACAAGGAGAACAGCGGGGUGCUGCACGCCUUCCCACCCUGCGACUUCUCCCAGCAGUUCCUGGACUCUACGGCCAAGGCGUUGGCCAAAUCCGAGGAUGACUAUCUGGUCAUGAUCAUUGUCCGGGGGGCGUCCUAAGGGCCCUCGUGUUCUGUUCCCAACCCUGCCUACUCCUCCACCCAGCCCCUCCAGCGUGUGCCAGGUGCUAUGGGAUACAGCCUUAGCCAGCCCUGUUGUUAUUUUAAUUAGACCUUUGUUUGUAGGUGACUUUCCCGGCCUGAUUUUCUGUUACUACGUUUUUCUAUAAGGGUAGAAGAAGCCAGAGAGGUUGGUUUAGGCGUAGUGUGAAUAGGAUAUUUUGAGAAUUCCCUAUCAGUGGGGACAGCAGGGAGGCUAGGCCUGCUUUGAUUUACAAAAAAA